AUGGCCGUGUAUUACCGGUACAAGAGCGGCGUCCAGACGUUCUCCGUGCCCAUGGCGGCGCCCUCUGUCUCCAUCGCCGACCUCAAGAACCUCAUCCUGAGGACCGCCCGCCACGGCGACGGCCGGACGCGCGGCCGUGGGCCGAGGGAGAGCGUCGUGCUGUACGACGCGCGGACCGGCGAGGAGCACACGGACGGCGGCGCGCUUGUCCCCCGCAGCUCGACGGUGCUGGACGACGAGGACAGGGCCAUCAGCGCCGUGAUCGACGCCGCGCAGCUCAAGUGGGAAGGCCACCACCAGUCUCAGGGAGGGCGUCGCUACGAUCACCGUGGCGGUCUCGAGAGGAGGGCGGCGCCGCCCGCUGGGUACGUGUGCCACAGGUGCCGCGUCCCGGGGUACUUCAUCCAGCACUGCCCCAUCAAUGUCGAUCCAAGAUACGACCUGGGAAGGGCGUCGUCCAACACCAAUCUGCCUACUCCGACGCCGGUGUCCACGAGCCCCGACGACAAGGUCCCGCGGGAGCUCCACUGCAAGAUCUGCAGCAAGGUGAUGGCCGAUGCUGUAGUGGCCUCCAGGUGCUGCUUCGGCAGCUUCUGCAACGCGUGCAUCAGGGGCCAGAUCGCCGCCAAGUCCAGGUGCGCGUGCGGCGCGCAGUCUCGCGCCGACGACCUCAUCCCCAAUCUUACGCUGCGUGCCACGAUCGCCAAACUUCUUGCCACGAGUGCCGGCGGCAGCGGAUCAGCCGGCACAAGCAAUCGGAAGAGCUCGGCCGGCAGCAACGCAGAGCCCACGUCGCAGAGUGCCGCCGCCUCGCAGGAGAGCCACAGCCGCAUCACGGCGAACGCAGGAUCGGAGCACAGCGAAGGGAGCGCCGCGCCAAGAACGAAGCAGACUACGGCGGAAACCGGUGCGCACGCCGGCUAUCCGGAGCAGUACGGCUACGGGAAUCCGUUCGGCCCGGCUUGCUACGAUCCUUCCUUCGCUGCGGCGCCGUGGGCAUGUGAUCCUUACAUGUACUACGGCAUACCUUACGCCGGCGGCUACACGAACGUCCCCGUGCCGGUCGACUACCAAGAUGGAUGCCAUGGAAGGAAAGGGUUGGCCGAUGGGGAGUUUCAGAGACAGGAGGCUAGUUUCAAGAGAAGAUGUGGAGGCAGAUCGGAGGUUGCUUUCUAA